CCGAACGAUUCUACAGUCUUGUUUUGAUUGACGGUAUCUAAGACAUUAUAAGACUCUGUACAGGAGGAAAGUGAUAGAAAGAACUUUACGCAUAGUUAUCUCAGAGUGUCUGUGAAGGGGGAAGAGAGAGAGGAAGAGAGCGAGACAGAGAAUUACGUAGCACACAAAAACAUCGAAACACACUAUCAUGCAGCUUUUAACAGCUAUGGACUAUCAUUUACUAACACAUUCACAAGACUAUGUAUUCUGGCCACAUACUGACAGAAGCGAGUGAGAGAGGAACUUAUAAAUAAGAGGAUUGUUAGAAACCAUCACUUACGUUUUCAAACAAACUGGAGAUUGACGGACACAUCGCUUGUAUUUUCCCAUUCUACUUUGGAACUUUGGCAAAUGUUAACAACAUCUUUGACAGAAUAGUAACAGUACAUGUUGAUAUAUUCUGUAGAUGUGGCACUUCAUUCACUAAUCUUACCAUUUAAUUUUUGCAAUUGUCGCAGACGCAAUUCCUUUAAUAUUCUUCAAUAACUUUAUAUUUCUGACAACAAUUGGUUGCUUCUGUUCAACUUCCGAAACAUUUCUUAUCAAGUUAAAAAAAAAAAAUGAUAAAUUAUAACUUAACGAUCUGAGUAAUCGUUCAUUCAUAUAUAUUUAUAUAAACUCCCACAAAAUAUUACGCUCUCAGUUACACACACACACAACUUUACAUAAACAUUCUGUAUAAAAACAAGUGAAAAAAAAAAAAGAGACCUUUAAUAAAGUUUGCCAUUUGUUACUGUGUAAGCUGACUUUAUAAAAAAAUAACCUGAAACGAUUGUUUCAAAACCACAAAUAUAGAUUUUAUCGCUUUUAAUGUGGUAAAAAAAAUAUGGUCAUCUUUUAACACCGCAUCAUCUAUUUACAAAGCAGAAAAAUAUCUUCACGUGUACCAGCAUACACCAAACAGUAAACCUGAGUGAAAACUAUUUCUCCGUGGAAAAAUAUUUCGUUACCAGUAGAAGAAGACAUUGAAAAUGAUACCCGAGCAUCACUCUCUACUGGAUGGGGAUUCUUUAUCUCUGUCCACUCAUCAUCACCAUCAUCUUCACCAUCAUCAAACGUCUAAUCAGGAUAUACCCAGCAGUGAUGACGAAUCAGAAAAAAUGCGAAUACAGCGAAAACGUGGUUAUACGAAGAAUGGUCUCUGUGGUGACGUUGGUUCUCCGGACUCGUUAAAGUUGACCCCUGUCCAUUCCCUUGCUGUAACAUGUUCAUCUCACGCUUCAGCUGUUCGAAAGGCACGCCGAAAAAAUCCUCAGUCCGUCGAAGAUAUCCAGAAUCAAAGAGUUUUAGCAAAUGUACGUGAACGUCAACGUACGCAGUCAUUAAACGAAGCAUUUGCCCAACUUCGUAAAAUCAUUCCGACCCUGCCGUCUGAUAAACUGAGCAAAAUACAAACACUCAAGCUUGCAGCGCGGUAUAUUGAUUUCUUAUAUCAGGUACUUCGUAGUGAUGACACGGACAAUAAAAUGGCAUCGUGUAGCUAUAUGGCACACGAGAGACUAAGUUAUGCUUUCUCUGUGUGGCGGAUGGAAGGUGCGUGGUCAAUGGGAGGACACUGAACUUUGUAAUGAAAUUCCCACAUCCAACUGUGUAAAGAAGAAGCGUAACAAUCGAUCGUCUAUCGACGUUACACUACAGCAAACAUUGUAUAUUUAAUUACAUGUGAUAUAAACAGUAUGGUCAAAAUCUCCAGGUGCUUGACUGUGACAUUCUAUUUAAUCUGUCGAGUGAUUGUUCCUGUAAAUGGUGACAAAAGAGAGAAUUUGACAGUUCAAUGACAGUCGUCUCUACAGCUGAACCGAAACGUUGCCAGUGACCACAAGCGCCGAAUGUAUUGCAUACAGACACAGGUCAGUAAGAAAUGACAUUCAGACAAAAAAGGUGACAAAGGUGUGGUACAAAAAAAAGUGGUUAACUUCGGUCGUCAGUGUUGUAACGUUUCGUAA